UUUAGUAAGCAUGGCUUCUCUCGCCUCCUUCUUCUGCUCUUUGUCGAUGAUGAUAUUUCUCUUUGCCGCGCCAGGCCGAGGAACAAAGAACUGUUUCAUCGACUCCAUAUACAGCUUCGGCGACUCCAUAGCCGACACAGGGAACCUUCUCCGACAAGGUGCUGUCGGAAUGUUUGCUCCAAUCGGAAGAUUUCCCUACGGCAAGACGAUGAAUAAUGCGACCGGCCGGUGCUCUGAUGGACUUCUCAUGAUCGACUACUUCGCUCUGAAUCUUAAUCUUCCGCUCGUCGAUCCUUACCUGCUCGAGGGCGCCGACUUUAGGAGCGGAGUCAACUUUGCCGUCGCGGGAUCAACGGCACUCGACUCUUCGUUCUUCUUGCAGAGGAGCAUCGUCACUCCGGUGGCCAACAAGCCUCUAAGUGUUCAGCUUCAAUGGUUCAAGACUCAUCUGAACUCCACAUGCUCCUCGCCAACAGAGUGUUCGAGGAAGCUUGAGCAUGCAUUGAUCUUGAUGGGGGAAAUAGGAGGCAACGAUUACAACAAUGCUUUCUUCCAAGGAACGUCCAUCGACAGUGUCAAGAGCUUUGUGCCCCAAGUUGUAGACAGGAUUGUCAGCGCCGCCAAGGAAGUGAUAGAUGCCGGCGCGGUGCAGCUAGUUAUUCCGGGCAACUUUCCGAUAGGGUGCAUGCCUAGUUACCUCACUAUGUUCUACAGCUCGAAUCCCUCAGAUUACGACGACAACAAUUGUCUGAAAGAUUACAACUCUUUCGCUAUGUACCACAACCAGCAGCUACAAGCUGCGACAGAGAAGCUGAGACAAUCGUAUCCUAAGGUCACUCUCAUGUACGCCGAUUACUAUCAAGCCUUCAUGUAUCUCCUCAACAACGCUGCAAAAUUAGGUUUCGACAAGGAUUCUGUGCACGAGGCUUGUUGCGGAGCUGGAGGAACCUACAACUUCGACAUCAAAUUGAUGUGCGGUCUCCCCGGGACUUCAACAUGCUCAGACCCAACCAAGUACAUUAGUUGGGAUGGCAUCCACCUAACCCAAGAAGCUUACAAGACCAUGGCCCAAGCUCUCAUCAUGCAGGGUUUUGCCUUCCCAAACCACAACAUCCAUAAUCAGUGGAAGUGUUAGAUAAUUGUAUUUUUCUCAAUAUUUUCAAUGCUAGAAAGAAGAUAAUGUUGUAUGUACGAAAAUCAGAGCAAAAGUAUAAAUGCUAAAUGGAUUGAGUUUUUUA